GGUCCACACAUUAAUAUAAAGCCGUCAUCGGAGAGCUCUCGCACACAUCGGCAUCCUGUUCACCGGGUCACAUCACACCUGAGGAUGGCGUCUCUCCAUGUGUUUCUUUGUCUUCUGGGACUGGUUGCCCUGUGCAACUCUGCCUGUCUGUUUGUGCCGUUAGAGAUCAAAGAUAUGAAUAACCCACCAAAAGGGUGUACGGACAGGGAUGGAAAGCAGUACGAUUUUGGCUCUGAAGUGGUGAUCGACUGCAUGUCGUGCUCCUGUACAAAUGACGGCCUCAGCUGCUGCGACAUGAUCCCUAGUCCAAAUACAGUGAUGAUUCCUAUGGAGUGUGAGAUGAUCGUAAAUAGGCAGGCCUGCUCUUUCAAGCUGGUGCUGAAGUCAGACAACACAAAGGAGUGUAGCUUUUUCUAGACACACCACAAAGUGACCUCCAAACUUGCAAUAGGUCGUUUUCAUGUUUCACAUUUUAUCAACUAGUUGAUGAUGUGCACAUACAAUGAAAUACCAAUAAACAAAACUGCUUCAAACCUCCAUUUCUCCUGCUCUUUGUUUCUGUAACAGCACUCACAGCGGGUGUCAUUUUUAAGAUGUAAUUGAAUAAAUCCACCACUGUGUGACAGCAGAGCUUGGGUGCUCAGAGGGUCUCUGGCAACCACACGGCUUCAGCAGCUCAAUAAUAGCCUUGCUUCUAGCCGCUGUCUCUGACAGAAACGUUCUGAUUGUUAUGAUGUUAAGCUCCUUCUCCAACUCUCAUCUCUGUGGAUUCACACCUGGUCAGAACAUCGUUUUUUCUGUCAUCCUGGAAUCACAGAGACACUCUACUCUACCAACCCACUACAUGCACGUUUCCAGAGGCCUGGGAUGGACGGUUUGAUCCUGGAGGCUGGUGACACUGAAGUCAGGGUGAGAUGUCCUUGAGUGGCGACGCGAGCACGAGCCAGUCUUCUCCGUCAACGACAGCUUUGUCUCUGUCCUUGAACAGCUCCACCUCGCCACACUCCCUACCAUGGGAGGAGGGAAGAACCAGUCGUGGGUCUGUGCAGGAGCGGCCAGGGAAUGAGACCGCGCUUAUCUCAAACCUCUUUGUUCUUGGGCAUGAAGAGCAGUGCCAUAUGUCUCCUGUCAUCACAGGGUGUCUAGUCGUGUGGUACAGCAUUACAAUGGUACUGGGGCUGGUGGGGAACAUCGGCCUCAUCUGCAUCAUCACCCGUCGCAGAGAAAAAGUCAAUGUCACUAGCAUUUUCAUCUGCAACCUGUCAUUCUCUGACAUUCUGGUGUGUGUCUUCUGCCUGCCCUUCACUGUUAUAUACACACUCAUGGACCAUUGGGUGUUUGGGUCGCUGUUAUGUCGCCUGGUGCCGUUCAUCCAGUGUGUCUCUGUGACUGUUUCCGUGCUGUCCCUGGUGUUCAUUGCUCUGGAAAGACAUCAGCUCAUCAUUAACCCCUCUGGGUGGAAACCCAGCAUUCCCCAGGCCUACAUGGCAGUUGUUCUCAUUUGGAUUCUUGCCUGCUUCACCUCUACGCCUUUCUUGGCCUUUCAGCUACUCACAAAUGAGCCCUACGCUAAUGUAAUCCUGCCCCAGUCUCCACUUCAUCACCAAGCCUCUCCUCAAACUUAUCUCAAUGUAUCUCCACCUCAACCUGCCUCUUACACACACAAAAACUCAUCUGUGCUGCCACAUUCAUACCGCACCCUCUUAUCAUAUGUCCCCACAAUUCCACAUAUGGAGGCCUGUCUGGAGCACUGGCCAUCCCAGCAACACAGGCUCGCUUACACCACAUGGCUCCUGCUUUUCCAGUACUGUGGCCCACUACUGCUGGUCCUGCUCUGUUAUGUUAGAGUUUUUGUGCGCCUUCGCCGCCGCAAAGAAAUGCUUGACCGGGCCAGGACCCCAGAGAACCAUCGCAUGACCCACAGCCGCCGAAUUAACAUCAUGCUGGUCGCCCUCAUAACGGCCUUUGCUCUUUGUUGGCUGCCGCUCACCAUCUUCAAUGUGGUGUCAGACUGGAACCAGGAGGCUCUGCCCAUCUGCCACCACAACCUGCUGUUCUCUCUCUGCCACCUGUUGGCCAUGUCCUCCACCUGCAUCAACCCCAUAAUCUACGGCUUCCUCAACUCCAACUUUCGGCAAGAGGUGAGAGAGGUGCUCCUGCACUGCAGCUGCCGCCCACUUGAGGAAGAGUGUGAGCACUUCCCCAUGUCCACUGUGCACAUGGAAGUGUCGCGCACCUCUGUGCCUCUCAGUUGCAGGAGCAACUCUGUCGGACUUUGAUGGUACAACCUAAAGGAGACUGCUGUAGUAGUAUGUAGCCACAUAGACUGUACAGCUGUAAGACUAACUUCUGCUGUUUGUUCUACCUUAAAUGACAGUACACCAGUUUUGAUAGUGGUUUAAAGUGCAACAUUUUUGUCAGUGGUUUGAAGUGAAGUGUGCAGUACAGUGUUGGUUUAUCUUAUUCUGCAGUAAUUCAUAAUUAUAAAAGGAGCGUUUAAGUGCAAAAAAAAAUCAUACAGUUUCUAAAGAAUGUGUAAUUUUAAACUAAUCUGUUGCUGUAUCCCAAUUACAUGUUUCAUACUAAUUGUAAACAGUAUAAACUAUAUACUAUUCAUUAAACUAUACAGAUUUUGUUUUUAUAAAAGAAAUCAACAUAUUUAAUAAUUUUAUACUAACAGGAAAUGACCAUGCUGGGUGUCAUUUAAACUACGCAAACACAAAGCAAAAUGUUUCUCCUAAUAUCUUACAACAUAUAAAGUAUGUUGGAACCAUACUGCAAGCUGCAUAUUAGUAUGUUAUCAACACACAGAGAGGCUACAAGAACUGAGAAAAUGAGAGACAUAAAAGACAUAUUCAUACAGAGGAUACGUGUUCACUGAAUAGGCCUUUCUCACAGCGGACAUUUGGACCUGUCAUUGUAGGAGAAGCACAGGUAUUACUACUAACAUUAACAAUGGCUCUGUUGUAUUCAACUGCCCUGGUAAGUCACAACAGUGUGACAUUGAGCGUGCAAAACACUGAAGCAGCUGAAAUGGAAUCGGGCUAUCAUUCAUUUUAUUUUUUACACCUGUGAUUUUCUUACUGACAUGUCAACAUGUCUUCAGUGUAACAGGCCUAUUGUUUGAAGACUAUAAAAAGUAUGUGACUGUAGUGAGGCCUUCACAAUCACCAGACCUCAACCCAACUGAAAACCUGUGGUAGAUUUUGGACGGAUGUGUUAAACACCAAAUGAGGGAACAUCUGUCAGAAUAAAGGUGCUCAUCCCUCCUGUAGAGUUUCAGAAACUUGUAGAAAGGAACAUUGAGGCUGUUCUCGAGGCUUGAGGUGGGCGCACUAUUAAGACACCUUCCUAUGUGUUGGUUUUUCACUUAAUUUGGCAUGGAAUAUGUUGUUCUGAAAAGUAACGUGAAUUUUGUGAUAAAUUAGACAUAUAUGUUGAAAAUGAGUGGACUGCUGCUGUUGUAUUUCUCACAUUUUACAGUAUUACUAUGUUUACUUUUAUAUUUAUAGCAUUUGUGCUGUGAAAUCAGUAUGUGAGCUUAGUGAAGACAAACACACUAUUGUGUUUUGUGAUUAAUGUGACUUUUAGAGGUGAAAUGUAACAAUUUAUAAGAUUGUUCAAUCAAAGUUUAAUAAAUAAAUAAAUGAU